UUAUCACAAUUUUAAAACGAAAAUCUGUGCAAAGGUGGGUUAAACACAAUAAAAUUGAUAACUUUUUUUUUUUUUCUUAACGACCUGUUGUUAUAAAAGCUGUAGUUUCAACGACAGAACAUUUACAAAGAGGCGAAUAAAGAAGACUGCUGGUAGCAAAAUAUCCAAUAAAAUAUUCAAGUACUACAGAGUUUCCUGACGAUAACAGCAAUGGUUAGUGGAAUGUCCUAUGUUAGUGCUAUCUUACUGUUUUCAGCAACAGUGGUAUAUUCACAAAGCGUGGCUACAACAGUUGCACCAACUACAACUCCAGCUCCUCUCAACUGCACUAAUAUUCCCAAUGUUCCAACUCAUCCAGAAGAUGCGACAGUCAAUACGUUGAUUACUUCAGCAAACGACAACAUCAAAGUGUGCAACCAGAUUAUUCCGUUUUUAAAUGCAUUCAUUGCCAAACUAAAAGUGAAAGGUGUUUGCAGCCAAUUUGAUGAAAUCAUGAGCAUACUUCAAAAGUUAGAGAGCAGAAUUGGGAUCAUCAACAGAACACUUGACUGUGGACUUGUCACAAGUGUACAAGAAGCAAGAAAUUUGAAGCAGAUGUUGCACAAUGAUCAAAUUUCUAAGAGGGUAUUAAAUGGGAUUAAGAUGAGAUUAACAGAUGUUAAACAACGCCUGCAAGCAAUUGUUGGUUCUGCCUGAGUGACAUUACACCACAGGACAGCUUUGCGUGAAGCAAAUCUAUAUCUAGUCAAUUUUUGUCAACUUCUAUAACUUAUUGUAAACAUUCCUUGUACACGAAAUAAAAGAUUU